CUCCCAAAAUUCUAGGGCUUCUGCCCAUUUCAACGUCCUUCUCAAAUCAAAUCCGAAAUUGAAACCACCAAUGUCAGAUAAUUUGCCUGAAGAGCUAUUGAUCGAAAUUCUCACAAGGGUUCCUGUCAAAUCCCUCAUAUGUUUCACCUUAGUAUCCAAAGCAUGGUAUGGUCUCAUCACAAGCCCCAAUUUCAUCACCACUCAUCUCACCAAAAUCCACACAGAAAAAAUCCCAAAUAAUCCCUCCCUUCUGCUCAUCAGACGCUAUACGAAGGACGACAAGAAGGAGCACUACACAAUCAACCGAGAUGAUGAAGAAGAUGGCCAUGAAAAUGGAGGAGGAAAUGGCCAAUUUGCCAAGAAAUCAGUUGAGCUUGACUUCCCUUUCAAAUCCUUAAUUGGGUAUUUCAGAAUUGUGGGAACUUGCAAUGGGUUGAUUUGUUUGUCUGAUGAUUUGUUCGGUACCACAAAACCCAUUAUUUUGUGGAACCCUUCGGUUCGAAAAUCAGUAACCUCUCCAGCUCCAACUAUUAAUCCUCCAUUGCCGUAUAUGUUUGUUUUGGGAUUUGGGGCUGAUUCGAGCCAGGAUUAUAAAGUGGUCAGGAUUGUUUAUCACAGAGAUGGGCAAUUUGAUUUUCUGCUCCCGCCUGAGGUUGAAGUUUAUAGCCUUAGUAUGGGAUUUUGGAGGAGAUUAAUAAAUGUUGGGAUUAAGGUUUGCAUUGCUGAUUUCUUAUGGUCACAAGCUUUUGUGAAUGGUGCUGUGCACUGGAUUGCUUAUCAUCCACGUAGAAGUGAUAAUGAUAGUGGUUCAUUUGGUAGUUUGAUUUUGGGAUUUGAUAUGGAUAAUGAAGUGUUCAAUGAGAUCAUGCUGCCAGACGACUUGGCUCAUGAGCUUGCUACGAAUCUGUUUAUAUCUGUGUAUAAGGGUUCUCUUGCUGUGAUUAAGUAUCCAAGGUGGGAGGAUAAUGGAUCCUGUUCCGUUUGGGCUAUGGAGGAAUAUGGAGUUUGGGAGUCAUGGACUCAGUUGUAUGCCAUUGAUUUAGUGCAAGGGAUGGAAAAAGUUGUUGGAUUUAGGAAGAAUGGUGAUGUUUUUGUGGCCAAGGAGAGCAAGGGGCUGGUUUUGUACAAUCCUAAGACUGGUUUCACUGAGGAUCUUGGAAUAUGGGGGAGCACUAGGUCGUUUUACAUUUACAAUUUUGAAGAGACACUCGUUUUGUUUGAAAGACAAAAUGCAGUUGUUGAGGAGGAAGAGGAAUUUGGUGAUGGUCGUGCUUUUCAAGAAAAUGGUGGAAUUGACCUUGAUGAAGAGCCUAGCAGAAAUGAAGAUUACUUUGAUGCACAGGAAACGAUUACGGACGGAUUGGCAAACUUUUAUAUCUCUGGGCAAGGGAGGUACUAAGAAGAUUGACAAGCGCAAAUGUCAUUUCUGUGCUAAUGUUGUCACUGUGGAUAAACAACAAUGAGUCUUGGCAUAAUUCUGACUUGAAUGUAGCUGGUGGGCUAGAUUUGUUUCUCGAGGAUCGCAGAAAUGUAGUGAAGCAUAGACUUUUCUGUUUGGUUAUAUUUAUUGUACCAUAAUUUUUCACUUGUUGCAUCUCUCCUCUUUUUGUUUCAAACAGCAAGAUUAUCUAGUUUGAAUGGAUGGAUAGUCCAGUCUUAUGUGGGCGUUUUUGCCAGAAA